UCGAUGCAAGAGGCUGCCGCGCAGAGAGAUCUUUCACAUUCAUCGCACUUUUUGUUGUUGCGGUCUCUGUUCAAUUGAGUGUGUUAAAAACGUGAACGGUUCUGCGGAAGAAAAUUCUACAUUUUCAUCGGUCCGGAACGCGGUCUCGCGAUGGCACAUAACUACAUUGUCACCGCCCAGAAGCCUACAGCGGUCACGGCUUGCGUAACCGGUAACUUUACGACAUCGUCAGAUCUAAAUCUGAUUGUAGCUAAAAGCUCUCGGCUGGAAAUCUAUCUCGUAACACCGGAAGGGCUGCGGCCGAUCAAGGAAAUAGGCAUCAAUGGCAAAAUAGCGGUGAUGAAAUUGUUCCGUCCUGCGGAAGCCCAAAAGGAUCUUAUCUUUAUUCUUACUCAUCGCUACAAUGCGAUGAUUUUGGAGUGUUCGGUCCAAGGCGACGACAUCGAUAUAAUCACAAAGGCCCACGGGAAUGUAGCGGACCGCGUUGGCAAACCGGCGGAAACCGGUAUCCUAGCGGUUAUCGACCCGAAAGCGCGAGUUAUCGGGAUGAGACUGUAUGAAGGUCUGUUCAAAAUAAUUCCUCUAGAUAGAGAUACUCACGAGUUGAAGGCUACCAGUUUGCGGAUGGAGGAGAUGCACGUACAGGACGUGGAAUUCCUGUACGGUACGCAACAUCCGACACUGAUUGUUAUCCAUCAGGACCUCAACGGAAGACACAUCAAGACGCACGAAAUCAACCUCAAAGAUAAGGAUUUUACGAAGAUAGCCUGGAAGCAGGAUAACGUUGAAACAGAAGCUACAAUGUUGAUCCCUGUCCCGAUUCCUCUGGGAGGCGCAAUUGUAAUCGGUCAAGAAUCAGUGGUUUAUCACGAUGGGGAUAGCUAUGUGGCAGUGGCACCCGCCAUCAUUAAGCAAAGUACAAUUAACUGUUAUGCGAGGGUGGACAGCAAGGGUUUUCGAUAUCUUUUAGGUAACAUGAUUGGAAAUCUGUUCAUGAUGUUUUUGGAGACGGAAGAAAAUAGCAAAGGUCAGAUGAGUGUGAAAGAUAUUAAGGUGGAGUUACUGGGAGAAAUCACUAUUCCGGAAUGCAUUACAUACUUGGAUAAUGGCGUACUAUUCAUUGGAUCACGGCACGGGGACUCGCAGCUGGUCAAACUGAACACUACAGCCGGGGACAACGGAGCUUACGUGACCGUCAUGGAAACGUUCACCAAUCUGGCUCCGAUCAUUGACAUGUGUAUUGUCGAUCUGGAACGGCAAGGUCAGGGCCAAAUGAUUACGUGCUCAGGAAGCUACAAAGAAGGUUCGUUGCGAAUCAUUCGCAACGGUAUUGGCAUUCAGGAGCAUGCUUGCAUAGACCUACCGGGUAUUAAGGGUAUGUGGGCUCUCCGAGUUGGCAUCGACGACAGUCCCUAUGAUAAUACACUUGUGCUGUCGUUCGUUGGCCAUACACGCAUUUUGACACUGUCCGGUGAAGAGGUAGAAGAAACCGAGAUACCGGGAUUUAUGAGUGACCAACAAACGUUCUACUGUGCCAAUGUAGACUUCGGACAGAUCAUUCAGGUAACCCCGUUGACGGCACGGUUGAUUCAGUGUGAUAACAAGUCGAUGAUUUGUGAGUGGAAACCGCCAGAUGAUAAGCGCAUUGGAGUGGUUGCCUGCAACUCGUGUCAGUUGGUGUGCGCAACGGCACGGGAUAUCUAUUACAUUGAGAUUGAGGCUGGGAAAUUGAUUCAUAAGAGCACCGUCACGUUGGAUUAUGAAGUUGCCUGUCUGGACAUCUCCCCGUUGGAUGAAAAUGCAUCUCGAUCGGAGCUUGUCGCUGUUGGUUUGUGGACUGAUAUUUCCGCCUGCAUUCUACGAUUACCCAAGCUGGAAUUUGUACACACCGAGAAAUUGGGAGGAGAAAUCAUACCUCGUUCGAUUCUAAUGGCUUGCUUCGAAGGCAUCAUAUAUUUGCUGUGCGCUCUGGGCGAUGGGUCCAUGUUUUACUUCGUGCUGGACAAACAUACCAACCGCUUGACCGAUCAGAAAAAAGUUACCCUCGGUACGCAACCGACGAUUCUGAAAACGUUUCGUUCACUUUCGACGACGAAUGUGUUUGCCUGUUCCGAUCGUCCGACCGUCAUCUACAGUUCGAACCACAAGCUGGUGUUUUCGAAUGUCAACCUGAAGGAAGUGAAUCACAUGUGCUCCCUGAACGCCGAAGCCUACCAGGACAGUUUGGCCCUGGCGACGAAAAACUCCGUGAUUCUGGGUACGAUUGACGAGAUUCAGAAACUACACAUCCGUACGGUACCGUUGGGUGAAUCGCCUCGGCGAAUUGCGUAUCAAGAAGCUUCGCAAACCUUUGGAGUUAUUACGGUUCGGAUGGACAUACAGGAUUCUAGCGGGCUGACACCGUCGCGCCAGAGUGCUUCAACGCAGACGUCGAAUGUGACUUCUUCGAGCAACAUGGGACUGUUGAAGCCCGGUGCAAGUAACACCGAAUUUGGCCAGGAAGUCGAAGUCCAUAACUUGCUCAUAAUCGAUCAGAACACAUUCGAAGUUCUGCACGCUCAUCAAUUCAUGCAAACGGAGUACGCGAUGUCACUGAUUUCGGCUAAACUAGGCAACGAUCCCAACACGUACUACAUCGUCGGUACCGCCUUGGUUAAUCCGGAAGAACCGGAACCGAAGGUCGGUCGAAUAAUUAUUUACCUCUACGCGGACGGAGCGCUCACUCAAGUCAGCGAGAAAGAAAUCAAGGGAGCUUGCUAUUCGCUCGUCGAGUUCAACGGCCGUGUCCUCGCGAGCAUCAAUUCAACGGUGCGCCUGUACGAAUGGACCGAUGACAAAGAUUUACGACUCGAGUGUAGCCAUUUCAAUAAUGUGCUGGCACUUUAUUGCAAAACAAAGGGUGAUUUCAUUUUGGUCGGUGAUCUGAUGCGAUCGAUUACACUGCUGCAGUACAAACAGAUGGAAGGCAGUUUUGAGGAAAUUGCUCGCGACUAUCAGCCCAACUGGAUGACGGCGGUGGAAAUUUUGGACGAUGAUGCCUUUUUGGGAGCGGAUAAUAGUAACAAUCUGUUCGUUUGUUUGAAAGAUGGUGCGGCAACGACCGACGACGAGCGACAACAGAUGCCCGAAGUGGCCCAGUUUCAUCUCGGCGAUAUGGUUAACGUGUUCCGUCAUGGAUCACUGGUAAUGCAGAACAUCGGCGAAAGGACGACGCCAACCAGCGGAUGUGUACUGUUCGGUACGGUUAGCGGGGCGAUCGGUCUCGUCACUCAGAUUCCACCGGACUAUUACGAGUUUCUAAGGAAAUUGCAGGAAAAUUUAACCAAAACCAUUAAAUCGGUAGGAAAGAUUGAUCAUUCCUACUGGCGAAGUUUCCACACGGAAAUGAAAACCGAGCGUUGUGAGGGAUUUAUUGACGGUGAUUUGGUGGAAAGUUUUCUCGAUCUCAGUCGGGACAAAAUGAACGAGGCAGCCAGACAGCUGCAAAUUGACGUAGACGGUACCAAGAGGGAAGCUUCGGUUGAUGAUAUAAUCAAGAUCGUGGAGGACCUUACCAGGAUACAUUGAACAUAAUUUACUUUCAUUAUUUGUGUUGAACCAGUGACGUAGUCAGAACAGUUGUACGAAAAUCACUCGCCAAACACGUUGGUUCCAGAACAAAAGGCGUUAUUCGGGCUGUGUGAUGAAGUAUACCAGCUCCUUUUCAAUUCAUCGAUGUCAGAGAGGAACAUACCAAGUACACAAGCACAUCCAACACAAAGUAAGUUCACAUAACCUUACUUUAAUCUUAAAACAUUAUUUCCUGUACGUGAGAUAAUAAAAUAAGGAAUGGAUGAAACCCAAA